CUUGCGGUAGAAUAUGAGAGUAAUGCAUUAAUUGUGAAGGUUGACACGGAUGAUGAAUAUGAAUUUGCACGCGAUAUGCAGGUUCGGGGAUUGCCAACUGUGUAUUUCAUCAGUCCAGAUCCAAAUAAAGAUGCAAUUCGAACUGAAGGACUCAUCCCAAUACAGAUGAUGCGGGAUAUUAUCAAUAAUGAGAUGUAA